AGCUUCUGCGCCUCCCCCCCACCUUCUCAGCACCACUUUCACCUGAACCCCACCUCUCUCUUUCUCUCCCUUUUCUCUCUCUAAAGAUCAAACCUUUUUCUCUCUCUUAACCUCUCCGCAACUGCAUUCGAUCCCCACAAAUCCCUACCCGUGUUCCUCUUCAUGUUCCAACAAUGGGUAAUCUCUGUUCUCUCUUUGCGCCGCCAAAGCCCGUGAAGAAGCGUCGACCCAUCACGAAGAGGCUCACGAACCCGCAAGCAGGAGCCGGGUCGGGUUCUGUUAACCGAUGGAACCGGGUCAGAUCGUCGUCGUCGAGGAAGGAGAAGUUUGAUGACGCUGUGAUUCAGGAACAGGCUUUGGCUGCUGCUGCGAUUUUGUUCCGACAGCAGCAGCAGCAGAACGGCGGCGGUUCGCUGCCGUUUGAUCGGUCGACGUCGCUUCGGUACCCGGCUUCAGGUUCAAAGAAGAGCCAAUUGCCUCGGAGCUCCAGUUCGAGGUCCAGGUCUUCAACGGAUCCUUUGUUGCAACCUCACCAGCUUGUUAACCAGGGUUUAAAUCUCGGUGACUUGGAAACAAACCAUCUCGUCCUCAUCCAUGGCGGAGGCUUUGGUGCUUGGUGUUGGUACAAGACUAUUGCUCUUCUCGAAGAAGACUGUUUCAAAGUUACAGCCAUUGAUUUAGCUGGUUGUGGUAUCAACUCGUGUGACGUCAAUGGGAUCACCAGCCUGUCUCAAUAUGUGAAGCCAUUGACAGAUUUUCUUGAAAAGCUUCUCGAUGGAGAGAAGGUGAUCUUGGUAGGACACGACUUUGGUGGAGCGUGCAUCUCUUACGCCAUGGAAUUGUUUCCUUCGAAGAUUUCAAAGGCCGUUUUCGUCGCCGCUGCAAUGUUAACCACUGGUCAGAGUGCCCUCGACGUGUUCUCUCAGCAGGAAGGGCAGAGUGAUCUGAUGAGAAAAGCUCAGAUUUUUCGGUAUCCAAAUGGGAAUGGCCGUCCUCCAACCGCUAUCGACUUGGACAAAUCUCUCCUUAAAGAUUUACUGUUCAAUCAAAGCCCUUCAAAGGACAUUGCACUGGCAUGUGUUUCGAUGAAGCCCAUCCCCUUUGCCCCGAUUCUCGAGAAACUGUCGCUUUCCGAUGGAAGAUAUGGAUCGGUGAGACGGUUCUACGUGGAAACGCUGGAAGACUACGCCAUGCCGGUAACCCUCCAAGAGAAAAUGAUAAACAGUAGUCCGCCGGAAAAGGUUUUCCGGCUAAAAGGCGGUGAUCAUUCCCCUUUCUUCUCAAAGCCUCAAGCUUUACACAAGAUACUGAUAGAGAUCACCAAGAUCAGUGACUGAUCAUAUCUUUUUUGAAUAUAUAUAUAUAUAUAUAUAUAAUCCUCUUCACAUGAUGAAAAAGAGCAAAGAGGCAGAUAGAAGCCUUUGGCUCAAAAAGAGGAUAAUCAAGUCUCCUUUUUUCCCAGAUUUUCUUCUCUCUUUCUGUUGAUUUUUUUUUUUCCUCCUUUUCCUGUUGUAUGAGAAUGUACACUGUGUGUUUGCUUAUACUUGUGACUUGUGAGAUUCAUAUAUUCCCUGACUUAAUUUUAAA